AUGAUUUGCCUAGCAAAGACUCUCCACUUCCUGUCCCAGAAUGAGAGAAACAUAAAGGUACAUUGUAUGAAAAUUCCAGACCUAAUAAAGCUGCUCAACAGGCAUAAAGAAAUAAAGCAAGAUGACCUGGAUAACAUAAACAUACAAAUCAUUAAUACCCUAAAUGAUAUUAACCCGAACAAAAUUAUAAACAACAUAGUAAGCAAUAAUGUGAGAAGGAAACACGAUUUAAAAUCGUUAAAACAAAAAAUUUUCUUCAAUCAUUUGUUACUCAAAACUGGGGUCGAAAGGGGCAACUUGUUCAAGGAGUACGAAUGCAAGGAAGGGACGAACAGGAGUGGCGACUCACAAAAUGAGGCCACAGCGGAAGGUGGGGCGGUUGCCCAGAUUGGCGAGAUUGGCGACGUUAGCAAUGUGCACAAGAAUAUAUAUGGAAGGAAUAAGAGGAAAGUGAAAAUGUCUAAAGGGUCCCAAAGCAGCAACAUGGAAAAAAGCACUCGAGGUAGCGAAAAAGGAGAGUUAAGCAUGGACCGGCUUUGCGAUCUGCCCAUUGGGGAAGAUAAAAAGGGAAGAACAAAAUUUACCUUUUUCGAAUUAGCACAUAGUUACUCCAACUUCAUCCUGGACAAUAUUUUGAGACAUGUCUGCUCAUACAUUUACAAUUACAAAGUAUUAAACAAAAUAAAUCAGGAAGAGAACAAGGGACACGAACUGGUUUCACUCUUUUUAAUAUCCAGCAUAUUUCACCACUUGUUCGAGUUAAAAUUUGGGUAUUCCUACAUGGUACAUUUUCUCAAUGGGCUAAGGUUAUACAAAAUUAAGAGAGCAAUAAAUGUCGACCAGGUUGGCUUCCAUCUGAUUGACGGGUAUGUUGCUGCUGCGGAAGGCAGGGGAAAUAUGGCCCCCGAGGGAGAGGCAGACCCCGUUUUGGAAAAGGUUUACGACGUGUCUUUCAUUAUAGACUACCUUAGUGAGGAUGCAAAUAGGAACAAUCGCCAAAUAGGCAACGGGCAAAAUAGCUGUCUGCACACAUUUGAAGAUACUAAAAGGAAGCAAACAUAUAUACUUAACAUGAAGGACAAAAUUUUACUAAGUUACAGCGUGGAUGAGUCUUAUUUAAACCACUUUCUGCAAAUUUUGCAAAAUAAGUACAACAGUGAACGGAUCAGUUUUUCAAGUUACUGUCUGCUAAUCCAUAUGUAUAGCAUGUCUAACCAUUUCGUAGUGAACAUGUUUUCCUCCCUUCCCCUCUCAUUUUUGAAGAAUAAAAUGGACACAAAUAUGAACAAUUUAAUCAUUUUAUUAAAUUCGUGCAUUUUUUUCUUAAGAGGAAAAUCAUUUUUAAAUACACUGAAUGCGUUUCACAUUCACGUAGUUUCAGAAGACGAGGGAAAAUUACUUGGGGACAAGGAUUGUGUGCACAAGGUGAAGGAAAAAAUGUACGCAUUGGUAGAGCAGCUAAUAAAUUACAUUUUUCAGAACAAAGAAACACUCAAUAAUAAUCAUUUGCUACAAUUAUUUGAGAUCCUCUCUUUUGUAAAAUAUAACAAAUCGCUCUUCAGUUACAUUUUUAACAAAAUGAAUGGCAGUCUGUGCUUGCUGGACAAAUAUCAAAUUUUUUAUUUUUUAAAUUCCUUGUCAAAUUACGACAUUGUGUGCAACGACAGAAAAAGGGACAUCCACAUGCACACCUUUAAACUCCUGGAGCAGUAUACCCCCAAGGAGAGGCAGCGCUUAGAGGGGUAUCUCCACGCGCAGCAUUAG